AACCUUGCUUACUUGUUACUUUGUUUUAUGCAGUUGCUACUUCAACUCUCCACAGUGGAAUCAUCGAGAAUCAAACAGUAGUAUUGUCAAAAAAAAAAAAACAGUAGUAAGCACCAUUGUCGAACGGCAAUGAACAUAGACCAAAACGUCGCUUCUUUAACCCCGAAUUUCCCCGUAUCCCAACUCAAUUUCUCUCUUGAAAUCAAGGGAAACAAAACUGAAAUCAUCAUUUCCAGUUAUGAAGAUCAUGUUAUGGUUAUUGCCACUCAAAUAGGAGCUAUGGGGACAAUACUGCAUGCCAGGAAGGAAGAAGGGAUGUCAAUUAACCCAACAUUCAAUGUUUCUGUUUUAUUUGGCAAACGAGAUGAGCCAAUGUUAGUAGCUUGUGCACGCCAGUUGAUUGAGCAUAUGACUUUGUCUGGCGUUUCUAAGCCAUUGGUGCUCUCACUUGGCCUUAAAGACCAUUCUGCGGGGACGUUGAAAGGCAUUGUUUCUGCUGUGAUUGACAAGAGGCUGUGGUAACAUAACAAAUUUUCUGUAGGCCAAAAUGUGCAUAGCUCAACCCGGUGGAGUUAGCUGUAAUUGUUGAUUAAAGAUUAUUUUUCUACAUAACAUUAUCUUAUGUCAAUACAUCUGAUUGUAUUGACCUCUGGCACUUUCAGACUCUAGUAUUAGCAACCAAUUUACAUUUAUUAUUACUUCAAGCUAAUCUCAUUUUCUAGCUAAUCUCAUUUUCUACUUUAGUUGUGACAGAUUGAAGUAUUCAGUUAUUGUUAUAAACUUAUAAUGGUAUGCAAACUUAAGUUAAUAUCU